AUGACUGUCACAUUGGCUCUCCUGCUCGGGUUUCAACGAUUCUACAUGUGCUCAACGCCUCCGUCCGUAGAGGAUAUACUAGCAGCAGCCCCUCUAAUCGAUGGACAUAGUGAUUUCCCUAUCUGGAUCCGAGCCUUUUACCAGACCCAUAUCUAUCAGGAGAACUUUACGCACGAUCCCCUCUUUGGGCAGGUAGAUUUUUCUCGCCUGGCGCAGGUCCGGCUACGAGAUCAAUUCUGGAGCUUUUACGUUGGAGUCUUAAAGACCGACCCUGCCGACCAGUCCGACGACACCUACUUCGAAAUGGUCCGUGACAUGGUCCAACAAGUUGACAUUGUACAUCAUCUGAUCAAGUCUCACCCUAGUCGACUCCAGCGCGGUGGCCCAAGAAAUCUUCCAAUCCGACCGAACGCGCAUUGCCAUGUUAUCACGCCAUGGGGGUUCGCUACGCGACUCUCGCCUACGAUUCCCGUAACGCCUUCGCAGACAGCGCCACGCCGACCACCAAGGCCUAUCUCCGGCCAGUCGAGCCCUUAUUCACGAAAUGAACCGCAUCGGAAUGCUGUGGACUUGGCCCAUGUCAGUCACGCGACCCUGCACAAUGCCCUCGCCGUGACCCGCGCCCCAGUGAUCUUUUUGUAUUCGUCGGCCUUUCCUCUCUGUCCUCACGAGCGCAAUGUUCGAGACGACAUGCUGGAGCUUGUCCUCUUGAACGCCGGGGUUAUCAUGUUCUCCUUCUACCCAGAGUACACUUGCUGUGCGGACCCCGCGCACGCCUCUAUUGCCGGCGUUGCCGACCAUAUCCAGUAUAUCCGUCAUCGU